UUGGCACAAACACACAAAAUCAGUCGGUUUUCCUCCUCAAGUUUUUUCCGUUCCGUUUUUGCGGAUCAGCUGGAAUUUCACAUCGCCCUGAGUUGCGUGGCCCUUGCGAGGAAUCGGCCCGAUCGUGAGUCGCCAUAGCCGCGUAAUGCCUCGCUAGACUCGGCCACUCGCUAUACUCGACUCUUUGGUAGACACUUGGGACUGCUGCAGGGACACUGCAUUCUCAGGUGCCGAUGAUGUUUUCCAGGCGCGGCUCCUCGUCGUGCAGACUGCCCUUCCCCAGCUGCCUGGGCUACACGGCCGACCGGGACGAGCUCUUCGAGGCACACGCCGCCAACAUGGCUCGAGAACCAGUCGUCCUCAACGUCUACGACAUGUACUGGACAAACGAGUACACGACCAAUUUAGGCCUCGGCGUUUAUCACUCGGGCGUGGAGAUUUACGGGACGGAAUUCGCUUACGGCGGCCACCCGUUUCCCUUUUCCGGCGUGUUCGAAAUCGUCCCGAGGGACGCAGACGAAUUAGGAGAGCAGUUCAGGUUCAGGCAAAGCAUGCAUCUCGGAUUCACCGACUUUACGGAGGAGGACGUUAAAAGGAUAGUGGUGGAGAUGGGCAAAGACUUCCGAGGCGACCGCUACCACCUCAUGAGCAAAAACUGCAACCACUUCUCCGGCUCUCUAGUUCAAACGCUGUGCGGGGAGCCGAUCCCGAGCUGGGUGAACCGGCUGGCUUACUUCAGCUCGUGCGUGCCCUUCCUCCAGCGUUGCCUGCCGCGCGAGUGGCUGACCCCGAUGGCCCUGCAGCAGUCGCUGACCUCGCACCCCCAGGGCGAGUCCUCUAACGUCACUUCUCCUUCGUCCAACCACAGCAGUAGACAAUUCUGAUCUGCAACACAAAUCUUGAGUCAAGACUGUUAAACAAAAAAAAUUCGUUGUUUAUGAAAAUAAUAAUCCUCGAACCGGCGAUCAAAUUUGUGGGAAAUUCGAACAAACUGUUUCUUUCUGCAGCACUGUUAUAUUUCACUCAACGAGAUUUCAAAACCCCACUUUUAAAACUUACAAUUAUUGCCAUUUUCUCUCGAUAUCAAUGUGCAUAUAUUAAUUGUAUUUUUAAAUGUUGUAUCUCUCGGCAUGAUUAACAAAGAUUUAUGCUUGUGCGCGUUAAAAAUGCAAAAUUAUUGUUAUAUUGGAGGAGAAGAUCUUGUUAUCGUAUUGGUCCAAUCAUUGGCAAGUAGAUUAUCUCUCUCUCUCUCUCUCUCUCUCUCUCUUGUAUAAAUUAUCAUUAAAGCUAUAAUAUGCACUAACGUAUUGGUGAGGUACAUGUAUGAUAGUCUUCCUUUGAGUAAUGGCUUUGCAAAACAAAGGUUCUUUUUCAACGCCUAUUGACGAUUGAUCGAAUAUGUUUCCAAUUAUGUUGUUUAGAUCAAACCUGUAUAUUUAUGCGUUGCAAUAUUUUUUCAAUACUUUUUAUUUCUAUGUUUAGGCAGCACAAAUUUUAUUGUUUAUUUUGUCUAUGAUUCGCAUAAAUCGAUGUGUAAACUGCGAAAUUAAACUAACAAAACGUAUGUUAAUAAAUUAUGAAAUUUAAAUUUAAAAUAUAAAAAACAAA